AAGGUUUAUAGCCAUAUCGUCAAUCAAAUGCGUUUGUGAAGAAUCUUCUUCUAACAAAAACCCUAGAUUCUCCUUCCUCAGCCAUGGACGCACGUCGCGGACCCCUCGCGGUCCCCAAAGUCCGCCGCGUCGGUUUCUUCACAUCAAUCGAGCCAUCACAAGAUUCCCCUCGACCGAAUCGAAGCUUAUCCGGUCCGGCGGAGGCGAUAACAACCUCCUCGUCUCCUCUCUCCGAUUCGCCCUCCGGUCAAUUCAUCUCCCCGGUUCAGAUUCCGCCUCUGCGUCACCGUUCUGAUAACUUGGCCGCCGCCUCUCGCGCCGCUGCUCCCGUCCCCGUCCCCGUCCCUGGACCUUCCGCGUUCCGUCGACAGCUGGCGAGUGACAGGGCUCUCCACGUCGGGAGUUACAAUCCCGUGGAUUCGUUGCUUGGGACGUCGCCGCCGUCGAGUAACGGAGAGGUGUCGGAGGACUCGGGGUCUUUGUUUGGGUUCCAGCGGAGCGAUUCGGCCAAGUUAUCGGCGAGUUUUCCUAAUGGAGGAUUCGAUAUGACUAUGAGAGUUAGAGCUCCUCAGGAAUCUGAAGCUAAGGUUGUGAUCGCGUCGACUUCUGAUGGGAGAAAGAAGAACGUUGAACCUUCUGGAACGAGUGAACCUGUGGCGGCCACAAAACCUCGCAAGGAAAAAGAACAAAAAUCACUGAAAGAGAAAACCAGCAAAGCAGAGAGGCGUGCCAUCCAAGAGGCACAACGGGCAGCAAAAGCUGCUGCAAAAGGGGAAGGGAGCAAACGUGCAGGUGAAUCUAGUAGAGCCAAACCUAGCAAGACUGCCAAACAGACUCAGCCGAAGAAAGACGUACCUCAGGUCACAUCAUCUCUUUCUGAAAAAAGAACUGUAUCAGUAGAAAAAGAGAGGAGAAUGGAUGUCCCUCAGGCGCAAAUGCAGUACGACGAUAAAAGCCGAGUCGAUAAAGCCAAGAGGCGUUCAGUGGUUGAACAGACGGAGAGCAAGAACAAAGUUGAGUUGUUUCUCCAUCUUCCUCAAUACGAGCGCGGCAAUCAGCUUCCCAAUCUAAGCUCCAAUAUAUUCACACUCGAUACCAUACACCAUGCUGUCUAUAAGGUGGGUUUGCAACAUUUGGCUGGAGAUUUGUCUGGUGACAAUGCGCGAUGUAUUGCUAUGCUCCAUGCAUUUCAAGAAGCUAUAAAUGAUUACACUACACCUCCUAUGAAAGACCUAACCAUGGACUUGACAGGCAAAAUAAAUGGCUACGUUUCCUUCUUGAUAGAAUGUCGUCCACUCUCCAUGAGCAUGGGAAACGCGAUCAGGUUCUUGAAGAACCAAAUCAGAAAACUACCUGUAGACCUGUCAGAGCCUGAGGCAAAAGCUUCUCUCUGUUCCGAAAUUGGCCGGUUCAUAGACGAGAAGAUCAUUCUUGCAGACAAGGUGAUUGUACAACACGCCGUAACGAAAAUCAGAGACGGAGAGGUUCUUCUCACAUACGGAUUCUCCUGUGUGGUUGAGAUGAUUCUCUUGUACGCCCAUGAGAUUGGGAGAAAGUUCCGUGUAGUGGUUGUAGACUCACGCCCUAACCUUGAAGGUCAAAAGCUACUCCGUAGGCUUGUCGCCCGUGGACUCGACUGUACCUACACUCAUAUAAACGCCGUUUCCUACAUCAUGGGUGAGGUUACGCGUGUCUUUCUUGGGGCUUCGUCCAUCUUCUCUAAUGGAACUCUGUACUCAAAAGUUGGUACGGCGUGUGUUGCAAUGGUUGCAAACGCGUUUAGUGUCCCUGUCAUUGUGUGUUGCGAAGCUUACAAGUUCCAUGAAAGAGUCCUGCUUGAUUCAAUCUGCUCUAACGAACUUGGGGAUCCUGACGCCAUAGCCAAUGUGCCAUUAAGAACCAACACAAAGCAUGCAAAGACGAUGGAUAAUAACAAAAACCUCCAGUUUCUGAAUCUAAUGUACGAUUCAACUCCUGCUGAGUAUAUAUCUAUGAUCGUUACGGAUUAUGGAAUGAUUCCUCCGACGAGCAUACCUGUGAUUGUUCGUGAAUACAGGAGAGAAGACUUGUUGCUGUAAAAGGUAAUGUUGUUUGGAUAUCUAUAGCACACAGAUACAAAUACAAUUUACGGAGGGAAGAAAAGCGAGUCUUAAACACAAACUGCUUAAACAUAAAUAAACAUUAUUAAUACCUCUGAUCGUGAGUGUUAAUUUUUUUUUUUUGUAUUUUUUAUCAGUUCGACUAAUAUUUGAGAAUCUUCUUAUUUCUCGAUUAAUGUGAAAUUUUUGUUUCUAUUA